AUGGGCCGCUACAAUUUCGCAGCACAGAAUGUGCACAAGCAUGCAACACAACUCCUCCAGACCAAGCGCGUGUCAGCACCUCCACCAUGGUACCAAGCAAUCGCCACAACACCGCCCAGCACACGACUCACACGGCAGCCUCUACAAAGAAGGCAGGAGCCCGGAGCAAAGCCACCUAAGAAGAGGUCGAGACUAUUCCAGCCGUUGAACCUGCAAUACCAAGAAGACGCCCUACGAUGGGAAUACUUCAACGAUCACCCUUGGGAGCUGGCGAGACCAAGAGUCGUGCUCGAGAACGAUGGCCGAGAUCUGGAGAAGUGGGAUUGGAGUUUGCCAUUGGACUACAGUCAACUGAGACCGAGAGCUGGGGCGGAGGAUAUGUUCGGGAAUGAAUUGGUCAAGAUCUGGGACGAGAACAUGGCGACGCAGAGUGCGAGGCCUAUCAAUGGUGAAGCGGUGAUACAACGCCAACAAUACCUCCUCCGGCAAGGCCUUCGCCCCGCACAAGCAUACGAUCAAGCACGAAAAGAGCUGUACCGCCACCGGCACGCAAAGGAGGUGGAAGUUAGAGUCGCGCGGGAAGAGGCAUUAUCCACCGGCGCAUACUUUGGCCCUGGGCCAUUGGAGAUCGGAAUGGAGCUUGAAGAUAAGGCAUACGAGCACUGGAAGAGGUGGGCAACGCAGGAGAUUCAAACCUCCAAGCAGCUGGCCGGUUCGGCGUAUACUGGUGUGCAUGAAAAUGCCAGCUUGGAACUCGAAAGUCCGGAAGAGGAAGCGUUGCAGGUCUCAGAGGUGGCUAACGAAGUGCCCGGAAGCAAGAGUGGACAGACUGCGAAAGGAGGUGCUGCGGUUCAUCACUAG